UGGCCAUUGCCAUUAAUUUUCCAAUUCCCCCAUUUCCUUUCUCUCUCUCUCUCUAUCUCUCAAUAUAAAAUCCUCUAUAGAUCUAGCUUCAUCAGAUCACUCGCUUGAUCCAUCUUUCAUCCGUACAGAUGAAGAUAACCGUCGUUACUCGGAGCGGUAAAGAACUCAUCAAGGGUGGCCUUGAACUCGAUGAUUCGGCUACUGUUGCUGAUCUGCAGGAUGCAAUUUACCGUCGAACCAAAAAAUACUAUCCUUCCCGACAGCGACUGACACUCCCCCUUGCAGCGGGGUUAAAGGAGAAACCGAUUGUUCUUCAAAACAAAAAAAGUCUGAAGGAAUACACUAAAGAAGGACAGUCAGAUGAGCUAACAGUUGUCUUCAAAGACUUGGGCACACAAAUUUCUUAUCAAAUACUUUUCUUUUGGGAAUAUUUAGGUCCUCUGUUAAUCUAUCCCAUCUUUUACUUCUUCAACGUUUACCAAUACUUGGGUUACAAAGGAAAUCGAGUUAUUCAACCAGUACAAACAUACGCAAUGUACUAUUGGUGCUUCCACUACUCCAAACGCAUAAUGGAAACCUUCUUUAUCCAUCGUUUCAGCCACGCAACAUCACCACUCUCCAAUGUAUUCCGAAACUGUGCUUAUUACUGGUCUUUCGGUGCUUACAUUGCUUAUUACGUAAACCACCCACUUUAUACACCUGUAAGUGAUCUCCAAAUGAAGAUAGGUUUCUCUUUUGGAAUAGUUUGUCAGUUGGCCAACUUAUAUUGCCAUAUCUUGCUGAGGAAUCUCCGUGGCCCUGGAGGGAGUGGCGGUUAUCAAAUUCCGAGUGGGUUUUUGUUUAAUAUUGUGACUUGUGCCAAUUACACUACCGAAAUUUAUCAGUGGAUUGGGUUUAAUAUUGCGACACAGACUAUUGCUGGAUAUGUUUUUGUUGCUGUGGCUGCUUCGAUUAUGACUAAUUGGGCUCUUGCUAAGCACCGACGUUUGAGGAGGUUAUUUGAUGGGAAAGAUGGGCGGCCAAAGUAUCCACGACGUUGGGUCAUCCUACCGCCUUUCCUGUAGGCGUCGCGCGAUAAUAUUAUAUUUGGUUCUUAUUUUUUGGGUUAUUAUUAUUAUUGUAACACUUCAAUGCAGUGACAUCUCAAUGAGACCUCUUAUGAUAUGGUAUUAGUACUUGUGAAAGUUUGAUUAGUUAAAAUUGUUGCUGCUGAUAAAUGGAUCAUUCUUAUGCAUUGACUGAUUAUUUGUGUCA